AUGCUCGCCAAGUACCGACUAGAGUCGUGCGCGCGCACCUCUGCAGACCAGGCCUGUCGUGUCAAGGGCGCGACGCUCCCACCCACCGCACCUCCUUCUGCGCGCUUCUCCCCUCCGCGCUCCGCGCUCACGCCGCAACUUUAUCGAUCGACCAUCGUCGCUCGUUUUCGCGCCCGCCCGUCGCCGCCCAGCAAGCUUUUUGGAGGCACGUGCGCAAGCAUGCAGCCCGAAACGCCGCCGCAUCCCUCUGCGCACGGAGAUGGGGAGGGGGGGCCGGAUGGGGAUGGCGGCGCAGCGGCGGCGGCGAUGUGGGCCGCGGAGGUGGCGGGCGCGCUGGAGACGGUGCAGCUGGGCCUGGCGGAGAUGGCCGACGCGCUGCGCCGCUUGGCAGGUGAGGCGGGCGGACCGGGCAGGCGGGAGGGCGGGGGAGGCGGGCGGGCGAGGCGAAAAUGCGAGGCAGAGGGAGGGAAGCACGUGGGAGGAAAUGUGGGAGAGAGAUAG